CUAGCUUCUAAUUUCUUUCACAACUUCUUCAACCUUACACCUCCCUCAUAAAUAUGGUAGUAAUAUUUAUAAAUCAGUUCUAAUUUUUACUUUUAUAUUAUCUUCCUCUCACAAAAUCACUCACCGGAAAAAUAGAAGAUCUCAGUGCUGCCGUUGUCUCUGCUGGUUCAUCGGCAUCAUUGUAGCUUUAAUCUGCUCCUCGCCAUCGCCGCCGGUGUUUUAUACUUGGUGUUUCGGCUAGAAGCGCCUAAGUAUUCGAUCAAACGCGUCUCCGUCAAGGGAAUGAACCUCACCUCGCAGUCUCUGAUCUCGCCGAAGUUUGACGUCUCUGUUAGCGCUGAUAAUGGUAACCGUAAGAUCGAAAUCUACUACAACAAUGAUAGCACUGUUGAACUGUUUUACAAAAAUGUUAACCUCUGUAACGGCGCGAUACCGACAUUUUAUCAGUUGUCGAAUAAUGUAACGGUGUUGAAGCGUAACAGGGUAAUGGUUGCUGGAUCUAAUCGGAAAGCGUUACUGAAUGCUGUUAAGAAACAGAGUUUGUCGUUAACGUUGAAGCUGAGGGCUCCGAUGAAAUUCAAAAUCGUAAUUGUGAAGACGUCGACGUUUAACGUUAAGGUUCACUGUGUUGUGACGGUGGCUGAGUUAACGGAGAAAGCGAAGAUUGUUAACAGAGAUUGCAGUUACGGUUUGGAUAUUUGAAAAUGGUGAUGAAAUUCAUUAUUUGAAUUUAGCCAUUUCGAGAUUAGAAUGAAAUACAUUUUUUUUUCUUAAGG